CAUUGCACAAGCUGGAAGGUGGGAGAAAAGGGCUUGGACAGACCUGGGGCUAUCUGAUCACCAUUUGAACCUUCCAAGGUGUCUUCUGACAAGCAAAGUCAAUGGGGGAAGCUGGGUUCACUUAACAACUGCAGAGAUUCACUUAACAACUGUGGCAGAAAAGGUCAAUGACUGUAGUUUCACUAGAAGAAGCUGGAAAAAUUCAAAUUUCAAUACGGAUUCAUUCCUACCACUGGAAAAGAAAACUUCAAACUUCUAGCAAGACGAAGCUCCAACUAACAUGGAAAGGAAACUUCUAUGUGCUGUAACCAAGAGAGUAGAUGAAACAGUGGAUAUCUGCUUCUUGGGCCAGGAGCAUUUAAUCAGAAUCAGCGAGGAGAGACACGCACCAGAAGAUUCAAAACCAAUGGAAUUAUAUGGCAAGUCAGCCUGUAAAGGAGAAGAUUGUGGUUUCCAGAACUGGGAGUGGUCAAAGACCUUAGCAAGCCAAGAAAGAGCAAAAAACACCCCAGGGGAGAAAGCAAAUAACAGCAUUCCCUGCAUAGAAGGGAGCCCAGCUCCUUGUGGAACUAGUGUCCAGUUGAGAAUUGACACUGUGGAUAAUGGAUGGAAGAGUGAGAGUGAUGGGAAACCAUCAGAAAGAGUCAAAUCUGAGGAACUGAAAGAAAAUUUUUGGAAUCAAAGUAGACCAAUGGGAGAAGAUGGAAGUUUUGUGGAGAAAAGAGGUGAUAAAUCUAUUACUUCUCAAGGCAGAAAUUUCAAUGAAACCUCAGUUCAGCCUAGCAGCCAAACAGAUAAAAGAUGUAACAAUUGUCUGACUAUUCACCAGUUCAUCCAUGCAGAGGGAAAGUCAAGUAAAAACUUCAAAUUUGGGAAGAGUGUGAAUUGGAACCAAAACCUUGCUGAUGGUCAAACGUUUCUGGAAGACAAGAAACUCUACAAAUGUUUGGAGUGUGGAAAGGGCUUCAGUCACAGCUCAAGCGUCUCUUCGCAUCAGAGGAUUCACAGAGGGGAGAAGCCCUAUAAAUGCCUGGAGUGUGGGAAGGGCUUCAAUUCAAGCACAAGCCUUUCUUCGCAUCAAAGGACGCACACAGGGGAGAGGCCAUUCAGCUGCUUGGACUGUGGCCUGAGUUUCCGGGACCAUUCAGGCCUUAUUAAACACAAGCGGAUUCACACUGGGGAAAAACCCUACCGUUGCCCAGACUGCGGCUUGAGCGUUAGCACUCAGUCGAGCUUAGUUAGACAUCAGAGAAUCCAUACAGGAGAGAAACCAUAUCGGUGCACGGAAUGCGGGAAAUACUUCGGUCAGAGCACAGACCUGGCUUCACACAAAAGAACCCACACCGGCGAGAAACCCUAUAAAUGCUUAGAGUGCGGAAAGAGCUUCAGCCGAAGCACGAGCCUGACUUUGCACCGGAGAAUCCACACCGGGGAGAGACCGUACAGCUGCUUAGACUGCAACAAGAGCUUCUCUGACCAGUCAAGCUUCAUUAAGCACGAGAGAAGCCACACAGGGGAGAAGCCAUACAAAUGCCUGGAGUGUGGAAAGAACUUCAGUCGGAGCACAAGCCUUUCUUCGCAUCAAAGGACACACACUGGAGAGAGGCCUUUCAGCUGCUUGGAUUGUGGCCUCAGCUUCCGGGACCAUUCAAGCCUGGUGAAACACAAGCGGAUUCACACCGGGGAAAAGACAUACAGCUGCUCAGACUGUGGCCUCAGUUUUACCACUCAGUCCAGCCUGGUUAGGCAUCAUAGAAUCCACACAGGAGAGAAACCAUAUCCAUGCUCGGAGUGCGGGAAGUACUUUGGCCAGAGCACAGAUCUUGUUUCACAUAGAAGGAUUCACACGGGGGAGAAGCCCUAUAAAUGCUUGGAGUGUGGAAAGAGCUUCAGUCGAAACACAAGCCUAACUUUGCAUCAGAGGAUUCACACCAGGGAAAGACAAUAA